AUGGCGUUUCAGAACGAUACCCUGUAUGCCGUGACCGGCCUCUUCGCCUUCUCGGCGUCGAUCAUGGCCAUGACGCAGAUCGCCAUGCAUCUCAAGAACUACACGCAGCCGGCGCACCAGAGGUUCAUCAUCCGUAUUUGUUUCAUGGUUCCCAUCUACGCCAUCUGCUCGUGGCUCUCGCUCCUCCACCGCCCCGCGUCGCUGUACCUCGACACCUUCCGCGACUGCUACGAGUCUUGGGUGGUGUACAACUUCCUCAACCUGUGCCUGGCGUACGUCGGCGGACCGGGCAACGUGGUGAACAGGAUGGCGGGCAAGGAGGUGGAUCCCAGCUGCUGGGCGAUGACGUGCUGCCUGCCCCCGCUGCCUAUCGACGGUGUCUACAUCCGCCGGUGUAGGCAGGGCGCCAUCCAGUUUGUCCUCCUCAAGCCCAUCCUCGCCGGGCUCACGCUGAUGCUCACCUGGGGAGGCGUGUACGGAGACAACGAGAUCGUCGCGGACAGGGCCUACCCGUACAUCGCGUUCGUGUACAACAUGAGCUACACCCUGGCGCUGUACGCGCUCUUACUCUUCUACCUUGGCGCGCACGACUUGCUCAAACCGUACAAGCCGGUGAUGAAGUUCGUCCUCGUCAAGUCGGUCAUCUUCCUCACCUUUUGGCAGAGCAUCGUGUGCGCCAUACUGGUCUCCGACGGGGUGCUGGAGACGGGCGCCGACGGUAGGGCGCUGCAAAACGUGCUCAUCUGCGUCGAGAUGAUCAUCGCCGCUCCCUUCAUGUUGAAGGCGUUCCCUUGGAGCGUGUACUCGGGGAUGGGCACGAAAGGAAUGUUCAACAACAUCUCGCACGCCAUCUCCAUCGACGACGUGGUGUCCGAUACCGUCCACCAGUUCGCGCCCACGUACCAGGAGUACGUGCUCCACGGCACCGAGGGUGGACCCACACGCAAGAUCAGGCUCAAGACCCACGUCAUGAUGGGCCAGGAGAUGAUGAACGCGCGAAACGGCGGCGCCAGGGGCGGCGGCGCCAGGGGACCCGGCGGCGGGGAUGAGCGACCGGGCGCGGGCAUGCUCGCCAACGCGGGCUUCGAGAAUAGCUACGGCAUGAGGGACGUCCAGGACGACUACCAGGACGACGACGACGACGUUUGGGACGGGGAGGGCGACGUCGCGGACGGGGAGGGCGAAGGGGACGGGGAGGGCGAAGGGGGGCGCGGGACGGGGAGGCCCGCGGCGGGCGCGAUGGCGCCGCUCGGGAUGGAGAGACGGGAGGAGACAGGGACCGUGUUCGACAUGGUGAUCGAUCGCAUGGACCCCGUGCGCGUGGAGCAUUCGCUUUUGGACGGCGGCGGCGGGGGCGGCACAGCUGGCGGCGGCACAGCUGGCGGCGGCACAGCUGGCGGCGGCACAGCUGGCGGCGGGCAAGCGGGGCUGGCGCCGACGCCACCGCCGCCUCGGGGGAACAGGCGAUGGGACGCGACUCCCGCGCCCGCCGCGCUGGCGCCGCCGCCGGCGUUCCCUAAACCCUGA